AGUUUCAAAGCGCCGGUGAUAUUCCCACCAAAGCGUCCGGCGGCCGUUUCUGCCACGUCCGCAAACGUCAGCGUACUUCGCUGCUCCAACAAGAGAGUUCACAAAGUGUGUGGGAGGAAGAGGAGAGCGGCUGCCUGAGCCAAAAAUCACUGCAACACGCCUACGACACGCCAGUACGCGUGUUUGUGUGUAGGUGCGCGUGUGUGAGUUUAGUUUCCCCUCAUUUCACCAUUUUUUUGGAACUCCGUUGCAUUUGACAUAUUCUCCCUAUUUUUCUUUUUUUUUUUUAAAUCAUUCUUCAAAAGAUAUGCAUUCAAAUGCAGCUUUUCAGGAGAAAAAUAUACAAAUCAGAUUGUCUUCUGUCCCUUUUAAAAAGCCAAAAAUGUGACUGGUUUUCCUAAUAUGGACCCUGAACAUGUAAACGUGUAAAAUGACCGGAAGUAUAACUACAGUCUGUAUUGUUGAAUCCACGUUUUGUAUGUGUGCCUUUUCAGCAGCGUGAGUGACAUCGGGAAUUGGAGCCGAGUUGGCCAGUUAGCGCACGUGACCUGUUUUUGUAACACGGCUUUUCAGGUGUCCAGGUUCCCAUCAUAAGGCCUUCAAGUCAUACUGUGGGCGCGCUUCCGUGAGUGCUUCCACACACUAAAGUUGACCUCAAUUUCCAGCCCAGGUGCGAGGCGCCCAAAAGCCCAGUGGAAUGUAAUAAGUUUCCUCCCCAAUUUUCUGGUUUCUGCUUUCCGGAGAUGAAGAGAAGCGUCUGCUGUCUGUUUCUCCUGGUGAUCUGCUUCCACGGCUGCCGGGGCAAUCCCCCGGUGCCGCAUCUGAUCUUCAUCAUGGCUGACGACCAGGGCUACGGCGACGUCGGCUACCACGGCUCGGACAUCCGCACGCCCGUGUUGGAUCAGCUGGCGGCAGAGGGGGUGAAAUUGGACAAUUAUUACGUUCAGCCCAUCUGCUCGCCCUCUCGUAGUCAACUCAUGACAGGACGCUACCAAAUUCACACCGGCUUGCAGCAUUCAAUCAUCCGUCCACGUCAACCCCUCUGCCUCCCCCAGGACGUCCCCACCCUGCCCGAGCGACUGUCGGAGGCGGGUUACGCCACGCACAUGGUGGGGAAAUGGCACCUAGGCUUCUGCAGGCCCGGUUGCUUGCCCACAGGACGAGGCUUCCGCAGCUUCUUGGGGACGCUCACCGGGAGCGGAGACCACUUCUCGUAUCAGAGCUGCGAUAAUGCCGAAGCUUGUGGAUUUGACCUGCAUGACGGCGAUACGCCGGCGUGGGACAUGGCGGGGAAUUAUUCCACUCUGCUUUACGUUGAGAGAGUGAAGCAGAUCCUGAGAAGUCACGACUCAGGCACGCCUCUCUUCCUCUACCUUUCCCUCCAAGCCGCCCACACACCACUACAGGCACCCGACCACUUCCUGGAUAUGUACUCGUUCCAGGGCAAUCGCAUCCGGCGUCACUACGCGGCAAUGCUCAGUUGCCUGGACCACGGCGUCGGUCAAGUCGUCGACCAGCUAAAGGCGAGCGGUCUUUAUGAAAACUCGGUUGUGAUUUACUCGUCAGAUAACGGAGGGCAGCCUCUUUCCGGGGGAAGCAACUGGCCGCUUCGGGGCGGCAAAGGGACGUACUGGGAGGGGGGCGUCCGGGCGGUGGGCUUCGUCCACAGUCCCCUCCUGAAGACCAAGGGCGUGGUCAGCAAAGCGCUCAUCCACGUCUCCGAUUGGUACCCCACCUUGCUGUCCCUGGCCGGCGCCCCGGAGCGCCAGCGGGGCCUGGACGGUCACGACGUUUGGGGCGCCAUCAGCGAGGGGCUCCCCUCCCCUCGCACGGAAAUCCUCUUCAACAUCGACCCGGUCUCCAGGAAACCCGGGGAGCCCUAUGACCAGGCCUUGGGACUCAACGGCUUCGGGAUCUGGGACACGGCGGUGAGAGCAGCGAUCCGCGCCGGGGAUUGGAAGCUUCUGACGGGAAACGUGGGAGACGGCGACUGGACACCCCCGCAGGCCUUCGCCGACGGUCCGGAGCGCUGGCAGGGGCUUGAGAAACGCCGCAACCAGGUGGGCAAGUCGGUAUGGCUGUUCAACGUCUCCUCUGACCCUUAUGAGAGGUGCGACAUGGCCGGAUCGCGGCCGGAGAUCGUCAAGCAUCUCCUGACCAGGCUAGCGGAGUACAACCGCACCGCCGUGGAGCCGAGAAACCCACCCGACGACCCCAUGGCGGACCCCGACCUGCACGGUGGAGUGUGGGGACCCUGGUUGGGACUGGAGGGUCAAGAGGGACAAGACGGAGAUUGGCCUGGCAGGAAACGCAGGGGGACACGAGUGAAGCAAUGCAAGUUGUGCAAAUUAAGAGCGCUGUUUAAAAAUGUGAGGUCGCGUCUGCAGAAGAACGCCGUGUUCUUCUGAUGACAUCAAUGUCUUCUGUUCCAGCCAAAGACAUUGCAAAGAACCGUAAAAGAUUGAACUGAAAUGUAUUGAUCCCAUCAUUGGAUAAGAAGUAGUUUUUCAGCCGGCCACCAUCAGUCCCUUGGCUACCCUCUCUGGCGUGCUCCUCUGUCUGCUCAUCCUACUCACGACAUCCUACAGCUCCAUCAGAUACUCGUUAAUAGUCGAGGUAGGUCCUGUAUGUGUCAAGUCCGCAGGUGCAAGAAUUUGACUGAAUUUAUCGUACUCCCCCCCCCCCCCCCCCCCCACACCGCCUCACGCAUUUGAUUUGAAGUCCCAGCUAUAUCAUGGUACAAGUCAAACAUAUUUUAUAUGCAUUGUGGUGCAAGGGUCAGACUCAAGACCACUUUUUAACCAUGAAAAUGUUUCUUUGGCACAGAUUGUCAUUUUUGUUCUACACAGUGCCCCCUGCUGGACUUUAAAAAAAGUGAAAUUCGCCCAAUGCCAAAAGGUCCAUUCCUGACUUUGUUCUAUUUGUUUGUUUGUUUGUUUUACAUUUAUUUAAUAGACUUUGUUUACUGAAAAGACAACAUUUAUGGGUGAUGGACGUAGUAGUAGUACAAGUCGAAUCAUAAAUAAUU